AUGUGGAGGAUGGCAUAUAUUACCGACAUUCAGGACGAUUGCCAUGACAGGCUCUCAGUCGAACUUACAUUCCAAGGCCCCCUUGCAGGUGAAAGGAUAUGGCCUCUGUGGAACGAUACAAGGUGGGCGAAGACAAGGUCGACGUUAGAUUAUGUUGCCAACCGCUCCUUCCGGACCCGACCGGGAAGGCCAUUGCCUGAGUACGAGCUUAUGCUCGUAUCCGUUUCAUUCACGGAUCUCAUGCAGACUGAUCUUACCGCCCCAAUGAAUUCUCCGUACGGAUCACUGCUCUCGCGUCUUACCAUUUUCGUGUACUAUCCCGCCAAUCAUACUCCACUAUUGCCGACACCGUUCAAAUCCGUCAUGUGA